AUGGGCUCUCAGUUAGCUGCUGCUCACCGAGUGCUUCAUAUGUUAGAGAACGCUCUCUGUUCUCUGAAAACUAUUAGCGACACAUGGCUAAGCCCCAGCUACACUCCCUGGGUGGUGGAUUUCCUCCUCCCUGUCCUGUGUGGAGUGGGGCUCUUUCUCCUGAUACUCCCCUGGUUGGAGAGAAAGCCAGCUUCACCAAAACCGAGGCAAGAUGGGGUGGUCUGGAAGAGUCCAGGACACACAGUGAAAAAGAUCAAGAGCCGGAAGUGCAGAACUCUGAGAGCCUUCAAACAUCACCAGGGGAAACCCAAGAAGGCUCCAGGCCUCACUUCCCUUCUGCAAAGACAGCUGGGGAGGCUCCCAUGUGGCGAUCCCCAUGGUGAUGAGCUAAGGACAGCACCUGCUCCAGCACAGUGGCCACAUGGGGAUGAAGACGAGGACUAUACCACCCUGUCCAUAUCGACUUCCCCAGGGCCCCUGAUUGAACAGGCUCUGCCAGUGGCUCCUACCCUGUCCCCAGACCCAGUGAUUCCCCCUGAUGUUUUGUCCCCAAAUGUCUCUUGCUCACCAGAGCCAUUACCACCCCCCAAAAGCCUCUUGCCCCAGACAUCUGUGCUGACUGUUCCCCAACCAGCUCAGGUGGUCCAGCCUCUCCAACCCUCGGACCUCAGCCUGCCUCUACAUCAAUUCAGGUCAGAGACUCUCCCUCUGGACUCCAUGCCACAAGGCUUAUCUCCUCCCAGCUCUUGGCAGCCUUCUCCCACAGCAGAGCUCUCACCCCAGGAUUCCACCAGCUGCCCCAUCUCUGCCCUCUCCUGGUGGCAGGCAGCUGCCAGGGCCUGGAAUCAAAGCCCUCUGCCCUGCAGCAACACCCAGUGGGCAGGGACUGACAACUGCUGUUUCAUCAAGCCCAAUGUCCAGAAGUUGCUGGAGACCAAUAUGGCAGCAGGGAAGAUGCGGACGGAGGGAGCAGAGGAGGAAUCAGUCCACCUCCUGGAUGCCCUGGGGAUCAGAAUUGAGUCCUCGGCUGGCCGGCAGGACGCCACCACCCUUCCUCCCUUCGGGAUCUUGAAAGACAGAUUAUACGAACUGCCUGACCCUCACAGGUUUUGUUUUCCCAAGGUCCAGGAGGACCCUUUUCAGCAGAAAUACAGUCAGCUCUUCUGGGGCCUUCCAAUCCUGCACAGUGAGUCCCUGGUGGCUGCUGUCGGGGUCCCAUUAGAAUGUCCAUCUAUUUUCUUCAAUGGGUUCCAGAAGUCCCUGCUGCCCUGGCGUCAGUCCCCACCUCUGGCACCGAUCCAGUCCCAAUCUACCCACUCAUCGCCGCAUCAGAUACCUUUACUUCAACCCGUGAAAAAAUUGCACCAGAUGUUGGACCAGUGUAAUCCCAAUAGUUGGACCUCCCAGGAUCACAGGCUAACUCUCAAAAUUCACAAAGAGUUGGCCAGCCAUGAACUGCGACACAAAGUGGAGCAGCAGCUCCAAAAGAGGCUCACACAGCCCUUGUGUGGGUCUCCCCACAAGACGAAGCAAAUGCCAGCACAGGCCCCAGUUCCUGGAACAAGUCAGGCAAAGGCUAAGCCCCAGUCCCCUUGGGCCUCUGUUCUAGGACUGCAAAGCAAGAACGUGCAAACAAUGCCACCCCUGCACCCUCCAAGGCUGCACCUUGAGAAGGACUCGGGCAAGGCGCCAGGCUACUGCCUGGCUGGAGUCCUAGGUGAUCCACCCAAGGAUUCCCAGAGCCCCUUGGCAAAGGCCCAAGGGCAAAACACCAGCACACCAUCAGCAGGUGACUUGAUGACCUCAACAAACAACCUAGUCAGGAACCUGAACAUGCACUUUGAGAAGAAAUUAGAGGACAUAAAGGCAGGCAGGGGCCUGGGGUCUGUGCUCAGUCAGGACAGGCUGGGAACCUUCCUUGUUCCAGCCAUCCCUGAAGACUCUACAACCGGAAGCCCAGUGGGCUUAAGUAAUGGGGAGUCCUGUGACGUGCCCCCCAUGAUCUUUCUGAUCAAUUCAGAAAGUCAGAAAACACUAGAAGAGCACAUAAGAAAGCUUCGUGUGAAACAUCGAUGGAGCCUCCCCUUCAGGGUUCUUGCGCCCAUUAAUCUGCUGAAGGGAAAAAAAACAAUAACUUCUCCACUUCUGCCUCCCUUCCACCCCUUGGAUGCCACCUGCAUCUCUGAGAGAUACUCUGAAUCUGAGCUCACAAUUUCCCGGGGAGAAGCUAAUGGGGAAGCGCCAGUGGAGACGAUGAAGGCAAAAGAACCAGUGCUCACCCGGAGGGGUCUUCUCUCUGUCCCCUGGACUGUGCACAAGAAGACCUACAGUACCCUGAAGAUGAUUCCACCCAGGGCCAUCUGUGGACUCUCUCAGACCCCAGGCAGCAGCCAGACACAAGAGGACAGUGGGACCCUGGCCUCAGCAAACACCUGCCCUAGCCCAUUUAUCAUGGAGCUUUAUGAAGCCUCCCAAUCUGUGCAGUCUGGCGAGAGCAGACAGGCGGCACAGGUGGGGGAGGACAAGUCCUCUCCACGGGAAGUCACCACGGGACUGAGUUCAAUCACCACCUCCCCAAACUCCUUAGUAACCAAACAGAGCCUCUCUAGCAGUCCUGCAGGACCCCAGGAAGGAGAGGCAGACCUGAAGGCCCAGGUUAUGCACAGGCAGGACCUCCCAGUACAGGAGGAGUCGGAGGACUUGGCAUUGGGCACCGUCCUGCAAGACCUUGCCACUGACCAUCACCUCCAAGACUCUGCCCCCGAGCCUUCCUCAACUAUGGACAUCUUGCCUUUUCAGGCCACUGAGGCCAGAUGUGGGAGCCUAUCAAGCACCAACUCAGCCUCACACAUUGUAACUGAGACUUUGUCGGGGCCAGAGUGCAGCCCAGAGCCACAGGAGCCGAGGAGGAUCCUGAACAUGAGGCCCCCCUGGGAGAGUGAGCUCAGGAUGCGCCCCACUGACAGGUGGGAUGUAUGCAGAAGAAGCCCAUUACGAGGGCAGGAAGGCAAAUCAGUAGGACAGAAAGCUGCCCAUGUCCCUGGGCUGUGCCACCCUGUCCAGGACAUACUAAGAAGAACAUCGCUGCUCCAGCCCAACCCAAAAUUGUCACCCCCAUGCAACGAUUUGGGUAGCAUGAUAAAAAACUUUUUUAAAAAAAUAACAAAAGUUAAGAAAGACAAAUCUACUCCCAAAACAACCUGUGGGUGCAACAAGGUGUCAGCCACAAACACUCAGGUGACCCAAGAGGACAAAAUGCUGCGUCACAAUAUGUGUGCCUGCCACCACAAGGGAGCUCCCUUCUCCCUGAGGAAAAAGCCAAGGACAACUACAGUUAACUGCAUCGCCAAACCGCCCGUAGACGCCCUGGCCAGCCACAGCUGCACUCUCAGCAACAGGCAGGCUGUGCCACCCAAGGAGCCUUUGUGCCCAGUGAGACCCUGCCACCACCAACUCAAGGAAGCAGGUGCCUUAGGACACAAUGUCCACUGCCCCAGGCACUACCGUCACCUGGCAACGGCCAGACAGGACUUUUUCCUGCAAUCUGCUGCUUCCAACACCUGCGGAGGUCAGCAGAACACAAGAUUUUUCUAG